CUGCUCUUUGUGCGGGCGGCGCGCAGCAUCCCCCGCCGAGCAUCCCGCGGCGCCGGGCAGCGCACCCGCGGAGCGCAGCAGGGGAGCUGAACAUCUGCAGCCAUGACGACUCACGUCACGCUCGAGGAUGCCUUGUCCAACGUGGACUUGCUGGAGGAGCUGCCCCUGCCAGACCAGCAGCCAUGCAUCGAGCCCCCUCCCUCCUCCAUCAUGUACCAGGCUAAUUUUGACACAAACUUUGAAGACAGGAACGCCUUUGUGACAGGCAUUGCCAGGUACAUCGAGCAGGCCACAGUGCACUCCAGCAUGAAUGAGAUGCUGGAGGAAGGCCACGAGUACGCCGUGAUGCUCUACACGUGGAGGAGCUGCUCCCGAGCCAUCCCUCAGGUGAAAUGUAAUGAACAGCCAAACCGAGUGGAGAUUUAUGAGAAAACAGUGGAAGUCCUGGAGCCAGAAGUCACCAAGCUUAUGAAGUUCAUGUAUUUUCAGCGCAAGGCCAUCGAGCGCUUCUGCAGCGAGGUGAAGCGCCUGUGCCACGCUGAGAGGAGGAAGGACUUUGUGUCUGAGGCCUAUCUCCUCACUCUGGGCAAGUUCAUCAACAUGUUUGCUGUCCUGGAUGAGCUGAAGAACAUGAAGUGCAGCGUGAAAAAUGAUCAUUCUGCUUACAAAAGAGCUGCCCAGUUCCUGAGGAAGAUGGCAGACCCCCAGUCCAUCCAGGAGUCCCAGAACCUCUCCAUGUUCCUGGCAAACCACAACCGCAUCACUCAGUGUCUGCACCAACAACUGGAGGUUAUCCCUGGCUAUGAGGAGUUGCUGGCUGAUAUUGUCAACAUCUGUGUGGAUUACUAUGAAAACAAGAUGUAUCUCACCCCCAGUGAGAAGCACAUGCUCUUAAAGGUGAUGGGGUUUGGCCUGUAUCUCAUGGAUGGGAAUGUCAGCAACAUUUACAAGUUGGAUGCCAAGAAGAGAAUCAACCUUAGCAAAAUAGACAAAUUCUUCAAGCAGCUGCAGGUGGUUCCUUUAUUCGGCGAUAUGCAGAUAGAACUGGCCAGAUACAUUAAGACCAGUGCUCACUAUGAGGAGAACAAAUCCAAGUGGACGUGCACUCAGAGCAGCAUCAGCCCCCAGUACAACAUCUGUGAGCAGAUGGUGCAGAUCCGAGACGACCACAUCCGCUUCAUCUCGGAGCUCGCGCGCUACAGCAACAGCGAGGUGGUCACUGGCUCAGGCCUGGACAGCCAGAAGUCGGAUGAGGAGUACAGGGAGCUCUUUGACCUGGCUUUACGGGGGCUGCAGCUGCUGUCCAAGUGGAGUGCCCACGUCAUGGAAGUGUACUCUUGGAAGCUGGUUCAUCCCACAGAUAAAUUCUGUAACAAGGAUUGCCCAGGAACAGCUGAAGAGUAUGAGAGAGCCACCCGGUACAACUACACCAGUGAGGAGAAGUUUGCCUUUGUGGAAGUGAUUGCCAUGAUCAAAGGCCUGCAGGUGCUGAUGGGGCGGAUGGAGAGCGUCUUCAACCAGGCCAUCCGCAACACCAUCUACGCAGCGCUGCAGGACUUCGCCCAGGUGACCCUGAGGGAGCCUCUCCGACAGGCUGUCAGGAAGAAGAAGAAUGUUCUGAUCAGUGUCCUUCAGGCGAUUCGGAAGACGAUCUGUGACUGGGAGGGAGGUCGGGAGCCUCCAAAUGAUCCUUGCCUGAGAGGUGAGAAGGAUCCCAAAGGUGGAUUUGAUAUUAAAGUCCCACGACGAGCAGUAGGACCAUCAAGCACCCAGCUUUACAUGGUGAGGACCAUGCUGGAGUCCCUCAUAGCAGACAAGAGUGGCUCAAAGAAGACUCUGAGGAGCAGCUUGGAUGGGCCAAUAGUCUUGGCCAUUGAGGAGUUCCACAAGCAGUCCUUCUUCUUCACCCACCUUCUCAACAUCAGCGAAGCUCUGCAGCAGUGCUGUGACCUGUCCCAGCUCUGGUUCCGGGAGUUCUUCUUGGAGCUGACCAUGGGCCGCCGCAUCCAGUUCCCCAUCGAGAUGUCCAUGCCCUGGAUCCUCACAGACCAUAUUCUGGAAACCAAAGAACCCUCCAUGAUGGAGUAUGUGCUGUACCCCCUGGACCUCUACAAUGACAGUGCAUACUAUGCUUUGACCAAGUUCAAAAAGCAGUUCCUGUAUGAUGAAAUUGAAGCUGAAGUGAAUUUGUGCUUUGAUCAAUUUGUGUACAAGCUGGCAGAUCAGAUCUUUGCCUAUUACAAAGCAAUGGCUGGCAGUGUUUUACUGGACAAACGUUUCCGGGCUGAGUGCAAGAAUUACGGGGUGAUCAUUCCAUACCCACCAUCCAACCGCUACGAAACGCUGCUCAAGCAGAGGCACGUCCAGUUGCUGGGCAGAUCAAUCGACCUGAACAGGCUCAUUACCCAGCGCAUCUCUGCAGCCAUGUACAAAUCAUUGGACCAGGCCAUCAGCCGCUUCGAGAGCGAGGACCUGACAUCCAUCGUGGAGCUGGAGUGGCUCUUGGAAAUCAAUCGCCUGACCCACAGGCUGCUGUGCAAGCACAUGACUCUGGACAGCUUCGAUGCCAUGUUCCGCGAGGCCAACCACAACGUGUCCGCACCCUAUGGGCGCAUCACCCUGCACGUCUUCUGGGAGCUCAACUUCGACUUCCUGCCCAACUACUGCUACAAUGGAUCCACCAACAGGUUUGUGAGGACAGCCAUCCCCUUCACACAGGAGCCCCAGCGGGACAAGCCAGCCAACGUCCAGCCCUAUUACCUCUACGGGUCCAAGCCUCUCAACAUCGCCUACAGCCACAUCUACAGCUCCUACCGCAACUUCGUGGGGCCGCCGCAUUUCAAGACCAUCUGUCGGCUCCUGGGCUACCAGGGCAUUGCUGUGGUCAUGGAGGAGCUGCUGAAGAUUGUCAAGAGCCUGCUCCAAGGCACCAUCCUGCAGUAUGUGAAGACUCUGAUUGAAGUAAUGCCCAAGAUCUGCCGCUUGCCAAGACAUGAAUAUGGCUCUCCAGGAAUCCUGGAGUUUUUCCACCACCAGCUGAAAGACAUCAUUGAGUAUGCAGAGCUGAAGACUGAUGUGUUCCAGAGCCUCAGAGAAGUGGGCAAUGCCAUUCUCUUCUGCCUCCUUAUUGAGCAGGCUUUGUCCCAGGAAGAAGUUUGUGAUUUGCUGCAUGCUGCUCCCUUCCAAAAUAUUUUGCCCAGGGUCUACAUCAAAGAAGGAGAACGCUUGGAGGUGCGCAUGAAGCGUCUCGAAGCCAAGUAUGCCCCACUCCACCUGGUUCCCCUAAUAGAGAGGCUGGGCACUCCGCAGCAAAUAGCCAUCGCCCGGGAGGGGGACCUGCUGACCAAGGAGCGGCUGUGCUGCGGGCUCUCCAUGUUCGAGGUGAUCCUGACGCGCAUCCGCAGUUACCUGCAGGACCCCAUCUGGCGCGGGCCGCCCCCCACCAACGGCGUCAUGCACGUGGACGAGUGCGUGGAGUUCCACCGGCUCUGGAGCGCCAUGCAGUUCGUGUACUGCAUCCCCGUGGGCACCAACGAGUUCACGGCAGAGCAGUGCUUUGGAGAUGGUCUGAACUGGGCAGGUUGCUCCAUCAUUGUUCUCCUUGGACAGCAGCGGCGCUUUGACCUCUUCGACUUCUGCUACCACCUGCUGAAGGUGCAGAGGCAGGAUGGGAAAGAUGAAAUCAUAAAAAACGUGCCCUUGAAGAAGAUGGCCGACAGGAUCAGGAAGUAUCAGAUCCUGAACAACGAGAUCUUUGCCAUCCUGAACAAGUACAUGAAGUCGGUGGAAACAGACAGUUCCACGGUGGAGCACGUGCGCUGCUUCCAGCCCCCCAUCCACCAGUCGCUGGCCACCACCUGCUAGUGUGGACAUGGACCCUGCACGGGUUGGGAAGGGAGCAGGGACUGAACCCAAACCAGCUGGGAGGGGUCAACUUGAUGGUGUGAGGCCUGACAAGGGAGUGAGGCUGGGUCUGCCUCGCCACAUGAGGACACACCUUCCCCUCGCCCCGCUGGAGUGCAUGUUCCUCUGUACCAUCCCUGUGAUCGGUUUUACUCGUAGCUUUCAGACUUGA